AUGUUAAACCAUCAAAUGGCCGGCCUGGAAGAUUACGAGCGGUACCUGGAAGAUGACGACGAGUUAGAUAAUGCGCGGUUCCUCUCGGCUUACAAACAGACACUGGACGAUGGGCAGUAUCAGUUCAUCAACUCAGAGCGAGAUCUUACGCUUCCACUGCAAAAGCACAAGAACGUACAGCCCCUGUACGAGAGCCCAGAGGAUGAAAUAUCGUUGCGAAAAUACCUUGGUGCAAGCGUUAACCUCAUCAGCUUGAUAACGGAGAACCUGUUAUGCCAUCCGUUUUUGGUGCUGCGACGACAGUGUCAGGUGCAUCAUACAGCCAAACGGUACCACGUUGUUCCGAUCACUCUGCUCCCAGUGAUUGUGCAUCUGCACCAACGGCAGGGUGUUACGACGCUAUGGAAAGGCAUCGGGAGUGUGCUGCUGGUUCGUGGCAUGACGCUGGCGGUGGAGGAUGUGAUAUCAAAGUUUACGCCUUGGCCAAAGGAAAUUAAUGCUAAGACUACCGUUAAACAGUUUGGACAACAUUUGCUGCUGAAAUGCAUAAGCAUAGCGGCGGUUGUACCGUUUUAUUCUGCAUCGCUCGUCGAAACCGUCCAGAGCGAUAUUGCCAGUGAAAAACCGGGUAUAUUCGACGUAUUUCGCGAGGGAGCUAGUCGAUUACUGUCAUGGAGCGUACCGCAGAAAGGACGCAUGUUACCGGUGUGGGCUUUAGUCGGACCGAGUAUUUCCCUCGGACUAUCGAAAUAUGUUUGUCAGUUGUUCGUGCGCGGAAUAUCAACGAGAAUCAUGUGCAGACGGGUAACGUUUUACGAGGAAGGACGGGGUGCACGUACACGAGAUUUCGCCGCCCAAAGUCAGGUGAUCGAGGUGUACUCUACCAUGAUCUCGCUGAUGACAACCGAGAUGAUCUUCUACCCGUUCGAAACGAUCCUGCACCGGAUCCAGCUGCAGGGAACGCGCACAAUCAUCGAUAAUCUCGACUCGGGCUACUCGGUGGUACCCAUUCUAACCAGCUACGAGGGUGUGAUGGAUUGCUACCGGCAAACGUUAGCUACCGAGGGUGUUAGCGGCCUGUACAAAGGAUUCGGUGCGAUGAUUCUCCAGUUUGCGGCCCAUGUGGCCGUGAUCAAGCUGGGCAAGUGGUUCAUUACCCAGAUUUCCGAGCUGAUGUCGAGCAAACCGCCUGCCAAGGUGGUGGAGUUUUACAAGCUAGAAGGUAAAACGCCCGUCGAUUCUGCCACGAUGUCACGGAGCAUUAGCGGCAUUAGCUCGCUUAGUGAAGAAAAAUCGUAG